GUGUUUCCGGUGUCGAGUUGCGCGCGCAUCCAUCGCCAUAUUAAAAAAAAGACUCCUCCACUGCUCGUCAACAUUCCUCUCUAAAUAAGCACAAUUGGACUGGUUUCGCUAUAUAAAGCCCACACAAUGGCUGACCAAAACGGACAGUUACCGAACCCGCAAAGCAACAGCUCACCACAACCCCCCAUAAGCAACACCUGCUCCCCGGCAGCAGGCGACGAACAAACGCCGACCAACAAAGACAGUCCAGAGGCACCGGCGGCGGCAAAACAAGCCGAGGGAGCCGAGGAGGAAAGCGACGAUGCUCCGGAGGCAAUGACAUUGGACAUUUCAAGUUUUAGGAAGCCUGGUGAGAAGACAUUCACUCAGCGCUGCCGUCUUUUUGUUGCUAAUAUACCGCUGGAUAUUCCCGAGGAAGAAUUCGUUGGUAUGUUCUCAAAAUAUGGAAACACGGCCGAAGUUUUCAUUAACCGAGAGCGAGGGUUUGGCUUUAUUCGACUGGAGACCCGGACACUUGCAGAGAUUGCCAAAGCUGCGCUAGAUGGCACGAUUUUGAACAAUCGCCCAAUCAGAAUCCGCUUUGCUACGCAUGGCGCUGCCCUCACUGUGCGGAACCUGCUACCGGUUGUCACAAAUGAGCUUUUGGAACAGGCGUUUUCACAAUUCGGCCCAGUGGAGCGAGCUAUCGUAGUGACGGAUGACCGUGGACGGCCCACUGGGAAAGGCAUAGUUGAGUUUGCAAACAAAGUGGCCGCUCGUAAAGCCCUGGAAUGCUGUACCGAGGGUGCACUGCUGCUAACGACCACACCUUGUCCAGCCAUUGUGGAGCCUGCAGAGCAUUUUGACGAUGAGGAAGGACUGCCCGAAAAGUUGUUACCAAAGACUCCAAAGUACCUCAAAGAACGAGCACGACAACCCCAUUUUGCCCAGCCAGGAACAUUUGACUUUGAAUACUCAUCUCGCUGGAAAGCCCUCGACGAGUUGGAGAAACAGCAAAGGGAGCAGGUGGACAAGAGUAUCAAAGAAGCCAAAGAGAAGCUGGAGGCUGAGCUGGAGUCAGCCAAACAUGAACAUCAACUCAUGUUAAUGAGGCACGAUCUAAUGCGACGUCAGGAGGAGUUGAGGCGACUUGAGGAGCUUCGUAACCAGGAGCUGCAGAGACGGAAACAGAUAGAAAUGAGGCAUGAGGAGGAGAGAAGACGACGGGAGGAAGAGAUGAUGAGAACACACAGAGAACAAGACGAACUGAGACGCCAACCAGAUGGAUUCAAAGUGGGCUACCAGGACAAUAGGGAACAGGAAAUGAGAGUGGCUGAUCCGGGCCCUCGUGGCGCCAUUAAUAUGACAGAUGGCUAUAACCAGGCCCCAGCCGGGCCCAACACCAACCAGGGUCAAAUGAUGAGCAUGGGUGGAAGGGGAGCAGCCAUUGGCCCAGAAGGAACCGCAAACAUGGCCGCCAUGGUGAUGUCUGAAAAUGCGAACAUGCGAGGAGAUCGAUAUCUAAUGGGUGGAUCGCUAACAGGGCGAGCAGAAGUGGAGUCACCAAAGCAGCAACAGCAGCAGCCAAUACCGCCAGGUCCUCCUGGUGGACCAGCACCAGGAUUUGGAAGAGGGAGUCCAGUAGGGGUGUUUGAUGGGCCAAAUAACAAGCGCCGGCGGUACUGACAUAUUUUUACCCAUGUGCUGACUACAUAUUUUUCUAUUUUUCCCUGAGAUUUAUGUAUUUCAUUAUUACUAUGCACCGCAUAGUGUUUACUGUUUUUUUUUUUUUUUAGUGAUUUCACGUCUACCACAUCAGGCUUUUGGAACUUGGUCUAGUAACAUACAUCUACAAUAGAAAUGUACAUGCAUUGAUCAUGCUGUUUCCCUGCAUGUGUUUACUUGAACUCUGGUAUCUUAUAUGGACAACAUUGUGAUGUUUUGCACUUUUUGUUUGUAAAGAAAAGCAUCAAUCUGUUGAGAUUUAUUUUGUUUACAUUUGAAUGUUGUCUGAAUUUUUUUGUACAUGAUGCAGUGUUGCAUCUUGUUCCAUUUUUUUUGUCAAAAUAAAACAUUUUGUAGUGAGAUGUGUUUCUGGGUUUUCUCCCUGUGGCGAUCCCACCUUCCACUAGUAGUACAAGCACAACAAUUCUUUGUUGGAAUGUAUACAAUGUAGUCACCCAGGGAUUCAACAUUUUGGUGAGAACCCUAAAUGGGUCCAAGAAAAAAUAUGACUAUACUUGUAAUACAAGUUUUUUACGACUCU